AUGGAAGGCAAUGAAGAUGAUGAACUCCAUGGAGUACCUUAUGCUUCCGUAACUCAGUAUCUUCACUACCCUCCAACCCAGAAACCAAUCAUGGCUUCAAGCCUCCUUAACAUGGAAACUGGGGAAGGCCAUACCUUGACCCAUGUGGGUUCAUCUCAUGGUUUACAUCAUAUUCCAUUUUACUGCUCCGAAUUACACCUUCCUAGCAACAGCAGCAAUCCAAUUCAAAUCCCACUCCAUAAAUCCUCUCCAAACACAUCAUCAAAUAGUAAUAACACAACCAACAACAACAACAACAAUUCUGAUGAAGCAAAGGCUCUCCUUGAAGACAGAAAGAAGAAAAGAAUGUUCUCCAACAGAGAAUCUGCUCGCCGGUCACGAAUGCGAAAGAAGCAACAGAUUGAAGUGUUGCAGUAUCAUGUUGAUCAACUGCAGACAUUGAACCAUCAACUGUCCCAAAAGAUCAUUUACUUGUUGGAAUGUAACCAACAAAUCCAUCAACAAAAUGCUCAACUCAAAGAGAAAGUUUCAUCUCUUCAAGUAGCCCUCUCUGACUUGUUAGUUCCUGCUGGAAGUGCUGAACAACCUCAUCACAUCCCUAAUGGUUUCCUAGCUGAGCCUUCAACUCGACCAAUUGCAACUUCUAGAGCAUAG